GAGAGAGAGAGAGAGAGAGAGAGAAAGAGAAAGAGGGAAGGAGACAGUAACAGUGAGAUAGAAACUUUCCGUGUCAGCAUGAGAGAGUAAGAGUGACACACUGUAUUCACCAAGGAAACUCAAGACAUUUUACAUCUGGGCGACUUCUGAGGACGCAGGCCGGGAACAGACUCAAGCAGCGGGAAUGAUGUCAAAGAGCGGGAUCUGCAGUCGGAGGAGAGGCGACUGAAGACAGCUACAAGUGAAGCUCAUCGGUUUAUCAGGAUGGGCUGCUCCUGCAGUGGCCCGAAACAAACCAAAAAUGACGGCUUUUACAAAGGAAAACCCAACUCCGAGGCAUCGCAUUCCUCAUACAACGUAGCGAGAAGUGGAAACACCUAUAUAAAUAAGGAUGAAAUCCUGUACGUGGCACAGCAUGACUUUAAAGCGACCAACGACACCGAUCUGCCUUUCAAAAAGGGAGACGCGCUCAAAGUUUUGCAAGAAAAUGGAGAAUGGUGGCUCGCUAAAUCACUGAUCAACGGGCAAGAGGGUUUCAUACCGUCUAAUUACGUAGCCAGAGCAGAUACACUGGAGGUGGAGAAGUGGUUUUUCAAGGACUUAAGCAGAAAGGAAACUGAAAGACUGCUUCUCGCUCCUGGAAACAAACCAGGAACAUUUCUGGUUCGAGAAAGUGAGACCUCUAAAGGGUCCUUCUCGCUGUCAGUCAGAGAUCAUGAUCCACAACAAGGAGAUGUGGUAAAACACUACAAGAUCCGCUGUCUGGACAAAGGUGGCUACUACAUCUCCCCCUCCAACACAUUCCCGUCCCUACAAGAACUCGUCAACUACUACAGCCGCACAGCAGAUGGGUUGUGUCAGCGGCUGCAUGGUCCUUGUAAGCAGAAGACCCCUCAGCAGCCAUGGGCGCAGGACGAAUGGGAGAUUCCCAGAGAGACCCUGAAGAUGGUUAAGAAACUGGGGGCCGGGCAGUUUGGAGAAGUGUGGAUGGGUUACUACAAGAACACCCAGAAGGUCGCUGUUAAGACCUUGAAGGAAGGAACGAUGGGGCCGGAGGCCUUCCUUCAGGAAGCCAACCUGAUGAAGCAGCUGCAGCAUGAGCGGCUGGUGCGACUCCAUGCUGUGGUCACCAGGGAGCCCAUCCUCAUUGUGACUGAGUUCAUGGUUAAUGGAUGCCUUCUUGACUUUCUGAAAUCAGAUGAAGGAAAGAAGCUGAAGAUCAAUAAGCUGAUAGAUAUGUCAGCUCAGAUAACUGAAGGCAUGGCUUACAUUGAGAAGAAGAACUACAUCCACCGUGACCUGCGUGCAGCUAAUAUUCUGGUCAACGAGACUCUGCACUGCAAAGUAGCAGACUUCGGCCUGGCCAGAAUCAUCGAGACUGAGUACACAGCUCAAGAAGGUGCUAAAUUUCCCAUUAAAUGGACGGCUCCUGAGGCCAUCAAUUUUGGAACAUUCAGCAUCAAAUCGGACGUCUGGUCCUUUGGGAUCCUGCUGACGGAAAUAAUCACCUAUGGAAGAAUACCUUACCCAGGAAUGACCAACCCAGAGGUGGUCAGAUGCCUGGACAGAAUGUACAGGAUGCCACGACCAGAGGGCUGUCCCGAGGAACUCUAUGACAUCAUGAUGAUGUGCUGGAAGCAAAAGCCUGAGGACCGGCCGACUUUUGAAUUUUUGCAGAACACUCUCAAUGACUUCUUUAUUGCCACGGAGGGACAAUAUGAAAUGCAGCCAUAAAUUAAUUUUUUUUAAAGAAAAAAAGAAAAACCCUCAAAUCAGCGUUUUACUUGGAUGUGCUGAGGAUACAGCACACAUCUUCAGGACUGAGAUAAAUGACUUGUUUAAAAGAAAAGGUUUAGAUGGAUAUACAUUUUUUUAAAUCUCUGUGUGAAUGUAAAAAAAGAGAAAAAAAGUGAAUGCUAUUUAUGGCUUCUUCUGCCCGCAGCAUCUUAAAUAUAGCCAAAGUCAGAAACCCAAUGUGGUUUCAGCAUACUUUGCUUCAGCUGCUGGUGCUUCCUGUUCUUGAUUGAGCCAUGGACUGAGAGGCAUCAAUAGUUCUGAAAAAGUGGAUAACGGGACAGUGGAAAGAAAAAUACGAGACAUGCACAAUGAAAAAACAGCCUUCGGAUCCGAGGAAGCAAGCAAGGCUGCAGAUCCAUCAGUUUGCAUGGUACAGCAACGAGCGAUUACAUGCACAAUACUUAGCACUUUUUUACUUCUUCAAUCAUUCAGCAGAUACGUGGAAAAGAAAGAGGCUUGUCAAAGAGAAAUUAUCCCU